AUGGGUUCCUCAGUUGUCGGAUGCAAAGACUGUAAUGGAGAGCAUGAAGCUGUCAGUCGCAAGGGUGACAUUUCAUUCCCGGUUCUGGUCCCGAAUAUGAAAGGAUUGGAAGCAGCACUAGCGCUCGACGUCAAGGAGAUCGGUAUCUUUCUCUCAGCCACCGAAGGAUUCAGCCGCAACAACAUCAACUGCAGCGUGGAAGAGUCUCUUGUGAGAGCUCAAGCUGUCAUCGAGCGAGCCCGGGAACAGAAUGUCCGGGUUAGAGGAUAUUUGUCUUGCGUGGUUGAUUGUCCAUAUGAUGGUAGAACAUCGCCAUUGGUAGUGUUGAAGAUGGCAAAGAAGAUGCUGGAGAUGGGUUGCUUCGAAAUCAGUCUCGGUGACACAACAGGAACAGCAACACCGCAAGAUAUCCGUCGACUCCUUGAGGUUUUACUGAGGGAGAUACCUGCCGCCAAACUUGCAGGACACUUCCAUGACUCGUAUGGCCAAGCCAUUGCUAAUGUCAAGGAAGCCUAUCGAUUGGGCAUAAGAGCAUUCGACAGCAGUGUAGGUGGUCUGGGCGGUUGUCCAUAUAGUCCUGGCGCCAAGGGCAAUGUGGCCACUGAGGACCUCGUAGAAACCUUCGAGAACAUGGGUAUCGAUACUGGAGUGAAUCUGGCCAAGCUUGCCAGGAUUGGUGACUGGAUCUGUCAACAGCUUCGUGUUCCGAAUGGCAGCCAGGUCGGCUCGGCUCUGAUUGCAAGGAACACUCACAAGCAAACAUCUGCUGUUUCACCAGAGUGGCGUCACCUACCGCGUCUGAUAUACUGA